UAUACAACUUAAAGUAUAUAUAUGCAAGUCCAGCUCUGCUGGAGACACACAGCAAGUACCUUCCUCUCAACCUGACUGCUUCCUUGUCCAGCCAAGAAGACCACAAAGUUCAAGAAUGGCCAUCACUGACAUCCUUUCUGCUAAAGAUAUUGAAUCUGCUCUCUCCAGCUGCCAGGCUGAUGAUUCCUUCAACUACAAGUCUUUCUUCUCCAUGGUUGGUUUAUCCAGCAAAACUCCUGAUCAGAUAAAGAAAGUUUUUGGAAUCCUUGAUCAGGACAAGAGUGGUUUCAUUGAAGAAGAGGAGCUGCAGCUGUUCCUGAAGAAUUUCUCUUCGAGUGCCAGAGUCCUCACCUCGGCAGAGACCAAGGCUUUCCUGGCUGCAGGAGACACCGAUGGGGAUGGCAAAAUUGGAGUGGAAGAAUUCCAGUCUCUGGUGAAGGCAUAAACAGCAUUAGACCAAAGACAGCCUUGGACUGACUCUUCCAAUUACCUCGUCCAACAAGCACUUCGCACUCAGCAUGUGUUUGUACAUUUUUAUAUUGUUUCAGGCAUUAACAGUUCCCCACACACGAAAUUCCCACCCCGGAUCGCUGAGAAAUCUUGCAGUGUUUUGGUCAUGUGGUAUUGCUACAUUUCCAUUGUAAAGAAGGCACUUUGUGAUUUUCAAGCACUGAUAAUGUUGAAAUUGUGGCCGGAAGAGGGGAGAAAAAAAUUAAAAAGCCAACCAACCAAAAAGAACUUUGGGGGAGGGGGGGAAAGCUGCUUUUUUAAAUUUUGUUUAGGUUCUCCAUCCUCAUACUUGAGCAUGCUGACUUGCCAGAUGCAGUUUGGAUCAUCUUAAACAAUAUGAUAUCUUCUAAGGCUUAAUUGUACUGAUUUCAUUGAGGUUUAUUUCUGCUUAAUUCUCUGGUCCUUGAGGAAAAGCACUGCUAACAAGAUGGCUAAAAAUAAUUCAGUCCCAACCCUGAAAAUAUGAGAAAAAAAUUUAAGAGGAGUUGACACAUAGCUCAAAGCACAGAAUAAGGUUGUGGGUAAUUUCACAAAAUAAAGUACUAGGUUACAGCACGUA